UUCCACAGUAGGCCGGAGGUGAGGGCAAUAUUCAGACAUAAGUUUCUAAGGAGAGGAUGCUGAUAAAAUAUCCAGGGUACUUUCUGGAAAUCUAAGAAGCCCUGGGUUUCUGUCACCUGAUUGGUUCCCUUCACUGUCCCUCCCCCCAUCCUUCAGCAAAGCAACUGCUGAAACCCUUGCAGCCUGAAUCACUCGGCAGAAAGCCAGGAACUAGCCACAGGAGAAGGAUCUCAGCUGGUGGUGUGGGCAAGAUGGAAACCAACAUAUCCAUCUUUCUGAACGGAUCUGAAGAGAGGCACCAGGAGACUGCUGGCUCCACGGUUCUGCAGAUCCUCCCGCUGGUAGUGCUUGCAGUCACCUUUGUCCUUGGCGUCCUGGGGAAUGGGCUUGUGAUCUGGGUGGCCGGCUUCCGGAUGCCACGCACAGUGACCACCAUCUGCUACCUGAACCUGGCCUUGGCUGACUUCUCUUUCACGGCCACUCUACCAUUCCUCAUCGCUUCAAUGGCCAUGAGGGAACAAUGGCCUUUUGGCUGGUUCCUGUGCAAGCUGAUUCACAUCGUGGUGGACAUCAACCUGUUUGGAAGUGUCUUCCUCAUUGCCUUCAUUGCUCUGGACCGCUGUGUGUGUGUUCUGCACCCAGUCUGGGCCCAGAACCACCGCACUGUAAGUCUUGCUACAAAAGUGAUCAUUGGACCCUGGAUUCUUGCCCUAGUCCUCACCUUGCCAGUUUUCAUCUUCCUGACUACAGUAAGUGAUGGGAAUGGGAAUAUAUACUGUACUUUUAAUUUUUCACCCUGGGGUGAAGACAGGGUGAAGGUGGCCAUCACCAUGUUAACGGUCAGAGGGAUCAUCCGGUUCGUCGUUGGCUUCAGCAUGCCGAUGUCCAUUGUCGCUGUCUGCUACGGGCUCAUUGCUGCCAAAAUACACAAAAAAGGCAUGAUUAAAUCCAACCGGCCCUUGCGGGUCCUGACUGCAGUCGUGGCUUCCUUCUUCCUCUGCUGGUUCCCCUUUCAACUGGUUGCCCUUCUGGGCACAGUCUGGCUCAGAGAGAUGCUGUUUGAAGGUAAGCACAAAAUCCUCAAUGUCCUAGUCAACCCAACGAGCGCCCUGGCCUUCUUCAACAGCUGCCUCAAUCCAAUGCUCUAUGUGUUCGUGGGCCAAGACUUCCGAGAGAGGCUGAUCCACUCCCUGCCUGCCAGCCUAGAGAGGGCCCUGAGUGAGGACUUACCCCAGGCCAGUGACACGACCACCAAAUCUUCAGUUCCUGCAGAGGUAGAGUUACAGGGACUGUGAGGAGCCUGGGGCACAUGUUGGAGCUCUGUCUGCUCCUGCCCUGCUCCCAGUUCAGUGCCAUCUUCACUUUGGGUCAUCCAUGAAAAAUACUUGAGUGCCCCCAGAUUUGGUGAGAAGAAACAGACAUAUGGGUACUGUUGGCAUCAUGUUUUGGGUUUUGGACCCCAGCCUAUAUCCUGGUGUGAGUGGAGGUAGGAAAACAGCACAAGGGAAGAGAGGAAAAAGCAUGACGGGGAAUUUGUAAGGCUUGGUUGAGAGAGUAUAUUAAGGGGAAAAUGUUACUUCACCAAUAAGAAAGAUGUUGGCUAUAUGCUUUUUUCUAAAGCUGUUUUUUUAUCUGAUUACAGAAGUUUCUUUCCAUUCCUGGCUUACUAAGUUUUCUUCUUUUUAAAGUCAUGCACGGUUGUUGGACUGUUCAAACGCAUAUUCUGCAUAUAUUAAGAUGAUCAUAUUAUUUUUAAUCCUUUUUUUUUACGUCAUCUUAAAUUACAUUGAUUAAUGUUUGAAUGUUAAAUUGCCCUUGCCUUCCUAGACUAAACCACACUUGGUCAUGAUGUGUUUUAUGUAUCUAUAAUUAAUCUCACUAGAUUUGUUUAGAAUUUCUGCAUUUAUGUUUAUGUAAAGAUGGGUCGGUUAUUUUACUUUGCUCUAGUGUCCAUGUCAGGUUUUACAUCAAACUUGUAAUAACCUCCUGAAGAACUGGGAAGUGAUUCCUCUAAUUCUAUACUAAAUUUUAUGAAUGUUUAGAGAAAUGCACAAGUAAAGCCAGUUGGGUCUUGGGUUUUCUUUCUGGAAAGCUUUUAAUAACAAGUUCAGUUUCUUUAAUAGUUACUGAAUUAUUCAGAUUUUCUAUUUCCUCUUCUGUCAGUUCUGAUAAAUUGACUUGCAAGGAGUUUCAUCCAAGCUGUCAAAUUUAUUGGCAUCAAACAGUGUAGUAACUGUGUACAGUACCCGGGUGGUUCCCUUCCCUUGAUGAGAAGGGAUUUGGGUCUGUGUUGUUCACUGAUGGAUCCCCAUACCCUGUGUGUAAAAUAAUGCCUGGUAUGUGACACUCAAUAAACACUUACUGAAUUAAUUAAUAAACAAUAGUAUUGCCCAGGUGUCAAAUGACAACCUUUAAUGUCUCGUUAAAAUUAUCUCCGACCCUCAUGCCCAGCAAGCUCUCAGCCCCCUGCGCACAAUUUUUACAAAUUCCCAUGUGCUUUACAUGUGUAUGAGUUGCUGCUUCAAAUAAAGCACUCUGGCUAACGGUUGCCUGUGACUUUGUUUUGAAAUACAUCAGUCCAGGACAGUACUGGGCCUCUUUUCUUUUACCCACAAGUCACAAAUGCUACUUGAUUGUGCAACAGCUUCCUGACGCACUGGCGAAAGAAAGAACUCGAAGAAACAUUUGGUCGUCUCGUUACCAAAGUCCCUUUCCACGCCACUGCUCACUCAGCCUUCUCCCUUUCACCCUCAUGCUACCCCAGAGUUUUGCAUUUUCCACUGUGGAGCAGUUCACUUAUUUCGUUUGCAUUUUUUGACUCCGAGAAAUGCUCUUUAGCUCCCGAUCAAUGCAUUCUCUUCAACACCCGACUAAGGAACGACCAGAGAAAAUGAGGAGCAAGUGACAAAUUCAAGAAGGCAAAGCCAGGGGCCGUGAAGGGCCAGUGUGCAUCCUUGAUAGAACCAGGCUUCCAAACUGGCCGACCAUGAACUUCCUCCCCUGCCAGCGAAGGGAGUUCUCACUGGCCUGCUCACUGGCCUUGGUGAGCUCCAACAGAAUGCUGCCUGCUGCAGCCUCUCCAUCUUUCUGUUCCUCACUGGAGGUCUCCCUCGUGGAUGCCCAGUUCCAGGGCAUCACCUACUGAGGAUUCUUUUAAGUUUAUGGAACACUUAACACAAAAAGAUACUUCUAGGCCUGACUGAGUCUAAAACUCCAAAAAACCUCUGGAGCUGUCACCUUGGGAAGGAUGGGAAUCCGUCUCUUUGGGGAGCGGAGUACACGGGGAUGUCGAGUGGGCAAAGGGGUGGGAUGUGACAGGGACUGUCAGCUUCCUACCCAAGAUUCACCGCACUCCUUCACCACGGGAAGUGUGGGGAAGUCCAUCCACCCAAAACAACACUUUUCUCUGCCGUCCUUCCAAUCAGACGUGAGGAAAUGCUAAGCAAUGAGGUGCGAUGGCUGUUGUCACAUCAGUGCACCGGCCGCCUCCUCAUUCUCUUCAGUGCUUGCUUGUAUCCCAUUGGGCUGAUGCCAGGAAAAUUCAGUCAGUCACAUAUCAAUAAACUUUCAUGGUAUUUCUAACCAUUUCUCCAGCCUUUGCCUAAGAUCAUUUGUACAUUGUUCCUAAUCUUUUGCUGUUACUAACGACGCUACUAUGAGUAGCUGUGUGCACACACGUCCCUUGCAUGUGUGUGGGCUCAUCUGUAGGGCAAAUUAAAAGAUGACACAUAAUUUGGUGGAUUUCCUGCUCUUAUCUAGGGCUAGGGCUGUACAGCCCACUGCGACCUCUCCCCCAGGAAGACAACU